CUUGAUGACAUGUCGUCCUUCUUUUCUGCCGCAUCAGCUUUGCUGACCGGAAAAAGUGGACCUUUGCCUGAAUAUACGAUCGGAGAAAGAGAUAAUUGGUUCGAAGGCAGAACAAUUUGGUCACUUCAUUCAGCAAUACGAAAGGAAGAUGGAAUGCCAUGUUCGAUGUUAAUAUUCGAUUCACAACAAUCAUCACACUCUAAUUCGAAAAAAUCCCUACUUCCUUUGGCAAGAAAUGCACUUAGAAGAUUGCGUACGACCCGACAUCCAGAUGUGAUUAGAUUACUAAACAGUGCAGAAACACCAAGCGGUGUUUUUAUCGCGGUGGAACACAUUCGUCCGCUUGGUAAAAUCUUGGCAGAGAUGAGUAACCAUGGUGCAAGUGGUAGCAACGAAUGGGUUGGUUGGGGUUUAUCCAAAGUUACUAAUGCUUUGCGUUUUAUGCAUUCAGAUAUGCACGUUUCACAUGGCAACGUUCGGAUAGACAGCAUUUUUCUCGCACCUUCUGGAGAAUGGCGACUAGGUGGACUUGAGCUUGUUAGCGAUCCAUCAUCAUCGAAUGAUCUCAUUGGUUCAUCUGAUGCAACUUCUUUACUUUAUACGAUGGGAGGUAUGGUGCCCGAUGCGAUUCGAAAUGCUCCACCAGAAGUGAAACAAGCUGGAUGGAGCGUGUUGAAAGAGUUAGAGAUUCAUGCUUUCGACUCUUAUGCUUUUGGAAGGAUGAUUAUAGAAGCAUACAAUGGCACUCUUGCACCUUCAAGUUCUAAUGCAAAUGCAAUUCCGGCUCAAGGUCGAGUACCAGCUCCUUUAUUCGCCCUGAUGAAAAGAAUGCUUUUGCCCAACGCUAAAUCUCGAUUGAAAAUUGAAACAUUUGAGGAAGCGGGAAACAAAGUUCCAGGCGGAUUUUUCGCUGAAAAUAGGUUAGUAAAGGUGGCCAACGGACUAGACGGUUUCAUUUUAUCAUCGGAAGAGGAUCGUGCUCAAAUUUUGAAAACCAUCAAACAAUCAUCACAAUCCUUUCCGCCUGAAUUCCUUCAACAUAAAGUAUUACCGGUUUUGGUCAAUGCUAUGACCCUGCACGCAAGUCGAUUGUUACCUUUGAUCGUUCAAUUAGGUCAACCGCUGAAUGACGAGGAUUGGAAAAGAGCAGUAGCGCCCACUAUUUUUCAAACGUUUCAAAGCGCCGAUCGAUCGAUUCGUAUGGCUUUAUUGGACAACCUGACGAUGUUCAUUCAGAAAUUAGAUAGCAAACAAAUCUCUGAACGAAUUUGGCCACAACUUUUGAGCGGUUUCAUCGAUACUUCAGCUGUGAUCAGGGAAGCCACCGUUCGUGCAAUUGUGCCACUAUCAGAUAAAUUGUCCGAACGCAUCUUGAACAAUGACCUUUUGCGGCAAUUGGCAAGAACACAAGUCGAUUCAGAAGCUCAAAUUCGUACUAAUACCACAAUAUUAUUGGGCAAUCUAGCACCGAAAUUGAGCCUUUCAACGAGGAAAAAGGUUCUCAUUCCGGCUUUCAUACGUGUACUAAAAGAUACUUUUGUUCCUGCACGUAUUGCUGGAAUUAUGGCAUUCAUGGCAACAGCUGAAAGUUUUGAUGGUGUUGAAAGUGCGAAUCAAAUUCUACCCUCCAUCUGUCCAUGCCUUUUAGAUAGCGAUCAGGGCGUACGUGAGCAAGCAAAGAGCGCUUUGGAUCUAUUCUUGAAAAAGAUAGAGGAAGCAGCCACCCGCAUG